AUGAUGCCACCAAACCCAGUCACCUCCAACCAGUCAAGCCACCAGCAAACUAGAACCAGCAGAGCCCAGUGCCAGGACACCCACCAUGUCCUGACCCUGGACGAUGACACCAAACCCAGUCACUUCCAACCAGACCACCCACCUGUAAGCAGGAACCAGAAACCCACAUGGCCAGAACACCCACCAUCACGAACCAGAAACGCCCAGGGCCAGGAUACCCACCAUGUACUGACCCUAGACAAUGCCACCAAACACAGUCACCUCCAACCAAUCAAGCCACUAGAAAAAAGAAACCAGCAGCGUACAGGGCCAGGACACCCACCAUGUCCUGACCCUAAACAAUGCCACCAAAACCAGUCAACUCCAACUAGUCCAGCCACAUCAGGAACCAGCAGCGCCCUUGGCCAGGACACCCACCAUGUCCUGACCCUAGACGAUGCCACCAAACCCUGUCACCUCCAACCAGUCCACCCACCUUUAAGCAAGAACCAGCAGCGCUCAUGGCCAGGACACCCACCAUGUCCUGACCCUAGACGAUGCCACCAAACCCAGUCACUUCCAACCAGUCCACCCACCUCAAGAACCAGCAGCGCCAAUGGCCACGACACCCACCACGUCCUGACCUUAGACAAUGCCAAAAAACCCAGUCACCUCCAACCUGUCCACCCACCUGUAAAUAGGAACCAGCAUCGCCCAGGGCCACGACACCCUCCAACUACUGACCCCAGACGGUGCAAGCACCCUACCAUAGCUGGAACCAGCAGCGCCCAGGGCCAGGACACCCACCAUGUCCUGACCCUAGACGAUGACACCAAACCCAGUCACCUCCUUACCAGCCACCCACAUGUAAUCAGGAACCAGCAGCGCCCAGGGCCAGGACACCCACCAUGUCCUGACCCUAGACGAUGA